CUUCAGGUUAGACCCAAAGCGAUGUUUCACUCCCACUCAGCUCCGUUCUGGUCACUCGAGUCCCGGACAGGCGUGACAUGAGAGGCUUUGCUUCUUCAGCAUCCAGAGCAGCGGCGGCAACAGUGAAACCGGCCGAAUCCCUAAAUCCAAAACCCUUGAAACCCCUACUUCCCUCAGGUAAACCCACCAAUCCUAUUGACCGGCGUUACAUUUCGCAAAUCAUUGGGAGAAAAGAUUGGUUUUUGGUUCUGAAGCAGGAAUUUAGUGCUCAUAGAAUCGGCCUGAACCAUCGGUUCGUCAUCAGCGUUUUGCAGAAUCAAGAAAACCCAUUACACUCCCUUCGAUUUUACCUCUGGGUCUCUAACACCGACCCGGUUUACGCUAGGGAUCAGUCUCUGAAGAGCGUUCUAGGUAACGCCUUUUUCCGUAAAGGUCCUUUAUUGCUGUCUAUGGAGCUUCUUAAGGAGAUUCGGGAUUCAGGGUAUCGUAUUACUGACGAAUUGAUGUGUGUUUUGAUCGGAAGUUGGGGGAGAUUAGGUUUAGCGAAAUACUGCAAUGAUGUUUUUGCGCAGAUAUCUUUCCUAGGAAUGAAACCUAGCACAAGGCUUUACAAUGCGGUAAUCGAUGCUUUGGUGAAGUCUAACUCGCUUGAUUUGGCUUACCUGAAGUUUCAGCAAAUGCGUAGUGAUGAUUGUAAACCGGAUCGGUUCACCUACAAUAUACUCAUCCAUGGUGUUUGCAAGAAGGGUGUGGUUGAUGAGGCGAUUCGAUUGGUUAAACAGAUGGAACGAGAAGGGAACAGGCCCAAUGUGUUCACAUUCACGAUUUUGAUUGACGGGUUUUUGAUCGCAGGAAGGGUUGAGGAGGCAUUGAAGCAGCUGGAGACGAUGCGAUCGAGGAAGCUGAAUCCUAACGAAGCCACAAUCAGAACUUUGGUUCAUGGGAUUUUCCGUUGCUUGCAGCCUUGUGAAGCGUUUGAGGUUCUGCUUGAGUUUAUCGAGAAAAACUCGAACUUGCAAAGAGUAGCUUAUGAUACUGUUCUGUGUUGUCUUUCAAGCAACUCAAUGGCUAAAGAGACUGCUCUAUUCUUGAGAAAAACAGGCGAGCGAGGCUAUGUUCCAGAUAGCUCAACGUUCAAUGCUUCAAUGAUUUGUCUCUUGAAAGGGUAUGAUCUUACUGAGAUGUGUGGGAUAUUUGACGAGUUUAUCAGCCGAGGAGUUAAGCCAGGAUUCAACGGUUAUCUUGUGGUAGUUAAAGCUCUGUUGAGUGCUCAAAGGUUCUCUGAAAGUGACCGGUAUCUGAAGCAAAUGGGUGUUGACAGGCUUCUAUCAAGUGCGUAUGAUUAUAAUGCGGUAAUCGACUGUCUCUGCAAGGCUCGACGAACAGAUCGUGCAGCUAUGUUCUUAACAGAGAUGCAGGAUAGAGGUAUUUCUCCAAGUCUCGUAACUUUCAAUACUUUUCUAAGCGGUUAUAGUGCGAACGGCGAUGUAAAGAAGGUUCACGAAGUACUAGAAAAGCUUCUGGACCAUGGUUGCAAACCAGACGUGAUCACUUUCAGUUCAGUCAUAAACUGUCUUUGUCGUGCAAAGGAAAUAAAAGAUGCAUUUGACUGUUUCAAGGAGAUGCUGGAAUGGGGGAUUGAGCCGAACGAGAUUACAUACAAUAUCCUGAUUCGCUUCUCUUGUUCCACCGGAGAUACCGGUAGAUCAGUGAAGCUUUUUGCGAAGAUGAAGGAAAACGGGUUAAGUCCAGACGUUUAUGCGUACAAUGCGGUUAUUCAGAGUUUCUGCAGGAUGAGAAAGGUUAAGAAUGCUGAGGAAUUGCUUAAAACGAUGUUGAGGAUUGGUUUGAAACCUGAUAACUUUACAUACAGCACUCUCAUCAAAGCUCUAAGUGAAUCUGGAAGGGAGAGUGAAGCAAGAGAGAUGUUCAGUUCAAUGGAAAGACAUGGAUGUGUUCCAGAUUCGUAUACUAAGCGUCUUGUUAAAGAACUUGACCUGAGAAAGAGUUGAUUAUACAACAGAGAUUUUUCUUACACCUUUAAUCAUCGUUUCGGUACUGACAUCAACAACCUUCCAUGAAUUAAAGUUCCAGCUCACAAAUUCGGUGUUUACGUCUUAGCCAUCCAAAAUAUCCCAAGAUUUUUGUGGCUACAAAAGCUAGUUUUUCGUCCUAUGUUUCCUUCAUGGGCUUGGACUAUCAAAUAAAGCCCAAUAGAAUUUGUGUAUGUAUUUAUUUGUUUUAUAGUAUGAACCGGAAAAAUGUAUAGAAGAUCAUCA